ACAGGAAGUGGACCGAGGGACGUCCGUGGUGUCUUAGCUGUUGUGUUGCUCGAAAAUUACGGUUAUUAAUCAUCUUUUUUUUUUAAAAAACAUCUGGCGUUGCAGAGAGAUGUGCACGUUUGAUAAAGACAAAGGGCCGAGGAAGCUGAUGAAAAAGGGGUUAGCUCUAAUCCUGGUCGGCCAUAUUAACUUCAUCCUUGGAGCUAUUGUCCAUGGCAGUGUCCUUCGCCACAUCUCCAAACCCAGCCAGCAUAUCACCACUGAAUACACUGUAGCCAACAUCAUCUCUGUCACCUCCGGCCUGCUGAGCAUUGCCACUGGGAUUAUUGCCAUCGUCGUGUCAAGGAACCUUCAUGUAUUAAAACUGCAAAUAGGACUUCUAAUUGCAUCAUUCCUGAACGCCCUGCUCUCAGCAGCAUGCUGCACUGGUCUCCUCCUGGCCAUUAGUGUCACUGUUGCCCACAGUGGACAGGGUUUGAUGCUGGGAUGCAAUGACACACUGGUUCCCAUCAAUGCUCGAUCACCUGUCAGUGCCCAAUGCCCAUUUGAUACAACACGAAUUUAUGACACCACCCUGGCACUGUGGGUCCCUUGUGCUGUGCUGGCAGGGGUUGAGGUCGGACUGUCUGUCUGGUGCUUCAUCGUCGGAUUGGCUCUCAGAGGGCUGGCACUGUGUGGGAACAGCUACAUCAAAGAGCAGUUGGAGGAAGAGGCAGAGUUCUCUCCCCACAGCCAGCGUCUAAUUGGACAGCGAUUGAACCCUGAUGCCUAACUGAACAGAAAGCAGGAAGUACACCACUCCAUGUAGACAAGCACAGAUAAAUCCCAAUGGGCAUCACUGCCCUGCAGCCAGCUAGGUGAGUGUCACAGUGGAACAGGACUGGAAUCAGUUUUUAGAGACUGGUUCUUGCUUUGUGUUAUCAUGAAGCCACAUACCCUGAUUCACAGAUGGGCUACAAAAUGGCUCCAUUUGCUUUCAUUUAUAAACCAAGUAGUUUAUGUUUUGAUAGUAGUUUGAUUUGUUAUGUUGUGAUAAGGCUCCUUUCAUCUAUUCCUAAUGAAACCUGCAUGAAACCUGUGCAGAUCCUUCCUAAUGAAAGGAUCUGCACAGCAUUGCCAAAGUGCAGAUCCUUUGGUGCACAUAUUGGGAUUCAAUGUGUGGAAGCUACAGUAAGAUGUUGAUGAUCCUUUCAGUCCGUCAGUAUCCUGCCUUGACUAUUUGGGUUCAGUACUACCACAUAUGUCAUGCUAAGCAUGUCAUUCAGUAUGAAGAAACCUGUGCUCAUGAAGAAGGUGCAUUUUUAUAUCUAGCAAAGAUAUGUAUAUUUUAUCUGAAUGUAGGAUUAUUUUAGCUUUUGUAAACUCAUUUCACAUUUCAGCAAAAUCUAUUAUAUUGUUCUAAAUGUGUAUAAUAUUUUACUGUUCGUCCAGAUUAGAGACCACUCCACUUCAUCUGAUAUGCAUCCAUACUCAUCAGUGCCUAUGUACAGACUUAAUUAUCACAAAUAAUUAUGUUUCAUGCUGGCCACUUAAGCAGAUUGGUAAAUUAUAAUGUAGACUCAUGUCAUUUAAAGUGUGUGAUGGCAUUUGCUGUGAAAUCCCAAAUUAUCUUUAACGCUAUGUAGAUACAGUAUAUGGCUUCAGACUAAAUUAGACAUGCUAAGUUGCACUUCUUGAAAGUGGUUUAUAUUAUUAGAAAAUUGUAAGGGCAACUGCAGCCAGUGAUAUGUUCAUUGGUUUCCACUGUGGCUUAUUGUUGUAGGAAAGCAACUGGCUCCAUGAACACACCACAGAUAUGGCUAUUGUACUGCAUUUUAUUUUUUGUUUUAAUCAUUUUUAUUUUAAUUUUUUCUGACCACUUUAUUAUUUGUCAGCCUGCUAGGAUCACCGAAUUUCAUAAAAAUAUGCCUCAGAGAGAAAACGAAAAUGUUUGUGUGCAUUUUUUAUUGCUUUUGCUUCUAAUAAGACAUAUGCAGUGAUAAAAUGACAAAACAAUGGAGAAACUAAGGUUGGAAUUUGGAAGUACAGACUCAGUUACAAUAGGUCUCAUCACUGACAUUUCAGAUUGUUAAAAGCAGUGUAGUGGGGAUAUUAAGAGGAUGUUUUCAUAAAGAUGCUCUGAACCCCCUGAAUUUAAAUUAAACUGGACUGCAGCACAGCUGUUUUUGGACUGAGUGCCUCUGUGUUCAUACAGUACGCUGUGGGUGAAUGUCAAGUGGGGUCAUAUUAAGAGGUUAAACCAGUAUGUGGGCCAGAUGCCACAGCUGGUACAGACACCCCACACCCACCCCCCUACAGCUGAGAGGAUCAGAUCAGCUCAGAUCUGCCAUGAAACAGUUAAUCUAGUGCCAUGCUCAAUCGUGCGGAAGGGAAUCAUAGCACGCAGUACUAAUCCUGAAGCUGAAAGGGAUAAAUAUUGACAUAGUGUUGACUGAUACAGUCACAACAAGUCUGUGUGGCCAUUUCAGUCAGCAGGACAUUGAUGUCCCACUUUAGACUCAUGAAAUUUGUAUUUGAAAUUGCAAGAUGAAAAUAAGGCAAGAGUGUGGAUGUGGGUUAAGAUAUUUCAGGCAAGCACAUUGCUGUAUUAUGUUAAAUGAACAGAUCUCCAGCAAAGUCACAUGAUAUUUUUUCAUGAAGAGUCCGCAUUUUCAGAAACUAUGGGUUUUUCAAAAUAUUUGAGUGCUGUAAGACUCUGUCAUUGAAUGUAAAGUAUCUUGAGCAAAAUAAAAAUGUGGCAAUUAGUUCAUAGUCAUUAAUGUUCCAUAAUAGUGGCAAACUGUCAAUUGGAGAUGUUAAGCGUUUCUUUAAAUUUUCCAUCAUUUUUGUGAUUUCAAUUUUGGAAAGACUUAAAAUGUACUAGUGGCUAAAU